AAAUGAAAAUAUUGAAUAUUUAACUGUUCAUUAAAAGGUCCCGGUGAGUUAAUAAAGGGCUGCAGGUGAGGAGCAGAGGUGAGGAGCAGAGGUGGGCUUCAGGCUGUAAGUUUGGCACCUCCUUUUGUGAAGCUACACCCACAUUAACAAAGAGAAAAAGAGAGAGAAGCCUACCUCUCUGUGGUAGCAGCCGCUGUUCUCCCUACAGCAAGGGUCAUGUGAGAGAAAGGAGGUGUUAAGGACAGAAAUAUCUAGAACUUCCGAGAAGGAGAUCGCUGUGCAGAGAUGGCUAUGGUAUGUCUGACAGAUUUCGAAGAAUACGCAAAGGAGCAUCUUUCAAAGGCCACUUGGGAUUAUUACGCUGCUGGAGCUGACGAAUGCUGCACCAGAGAUGAUAAUCUACUGGCCUAUAAAAGGAUCCGUCUGAGACCUCGCAUCCUGCGUGAUGUCUCAGCGAGCGACACACGGACCACAGUCCAAGGGACAGAGAUCAGUUUUCCUGUUGGCAUCGCUCCAACAGCCUUUCACUGUCUGGCCUGGCACGAAGGAGAGGUGGCCACAGCUCGAGCCACAGAGGCCCUGAACACCUGCUACAUCACCAGCACCUACUCCACCUGCUCAGUGGAGGAGAUCGUGGCAGCAGCACCAAACGGCUACCGGUGGUUCCAGCUAUAUGUUUACCGGGACCGAAAGCUGUCAGAGCAGAUUGUGCACCGCGUUGAGCUGCUCGGAUACAAAGCCCUGGUCCUGACCGUCGACGUGCCGUACACAGGAAAGAGACGCAACGACAUCCGCAACCAGUUCAAGCUGCCGCCUCACCUCAAGGUCAAAAACCUCGAUGGUGUCUUUCAGGAGACAGCAGGCCCAGAGGGUUACGGGAUCCCAUCCAACACCUUGGACCCGUCCAUUAGCUGGAAAGACGUGUACUGGCUGCAGUCCAUCACUCGGCUGCCCAUUAUCAUUAAAGGCAUCUUGACCAAGGAGGACGCAGAGCUGGCUGUGGAACAUGGUGUCCAGGGCAUCAUCGUGUCAAACCAUGGAGGGAGACAGCUGGACGGAGGCCCUGCUUCGAUUGAUGCCCUGUCAGAGAUUGUGGACACAGUGCAGGGCAGAAUCGAAGUCUAUCUAGAUGGAGGCAUCCGGACAGGCAGCGACGUUCUGAAGGCUCUGGCCUUGGGAGCCAAGUGUGUUUUCAUUGGCCGUCCGGCAGUGUGGGGCCUUGCAUACAAGGGCGAGGACGGAGUGAGAGAAGUACUGCAGAUCUUGAACGACGAGUUCCGUCUCUCCAUGGCCUUAUCAGGUUGCAGAAAUGUGGCAGAAAUCAACAGAAACCUGAUUCAGUUGUCCAGACUCUAAGCAGGGAAGGACGUCACCGUGGCCGACCAUGGUUCCUCUGGGCAGAACUUAGCAUUGGCUGUGACCGAGACUACCUAAAGGUCAAAGGUCGUUUCAGUAAAGAGGGAAAGAUUUAAGAGUGUAUUAGUGAAAGUAUGGACUUAAAGAAGAAGAAGAAGACGUGGAUGAUGACAGGGUGUCAGGUGGGAUUCUAAAGAAGAAGGAAUCAGAAAGUGACUUGUCUGGGAUUUUGGGAUUUGAAGGUAUAUAACAGAUGACGGCCCGCGCUUGUGCUUCAAUAAACAUCUGCAAUGAUUAA